AUGGCGACCCACUCCAAGCCCACCGGCGAACCUGUCGUCAUCGGGUACCCGGCGGCGGGAAUUACAGCGCCUCUCCCGUCCGCUACCGCGUACACCUACGCCACGCCGCGGCCCGACCACUACUACGCCGACCCGCGCACUGGCGCCGCCUUCUCCGCCAACCACAACCUUCUCCUCUACCGCAUCCUCAUCGCCGCUGCCGUCGCCUUCCUCCUCGUCGGCUUCAUCUCCUUCUUCCUCUGGCUCUUCCUCCGCCCCAGCGCCCCCGUCUUCAUCGUCUCCUCCGCCACCGUCUCCGCCUUCAACCUCUCCUCCCCCUCCGGGCCCUCCCCGCAGCUCUCCUCCUCCUUCAAUGUCGCCCUCAACGUCUCCAACCCUAAUAAGAAGAUGGGCGUCAACUACUUCCACGUCGCCGCUGCCGUGGCAUACGACGGCGUCAUCCUCGCGGAGACAGCACUUUCCCCUUUCUAUCAGGAGGGAAGAACCUCCACCACAUUGCAGGCAACGCUGGCAACGCGGCAGGAGUCUGUGGGUCUUGACGUGGCGAGGGGGAUGUCACGCGAUCGUGCGACCAGCGGCGCCGUCCGGUUCGACGUGAUGGUGGAGGCGUGGGUUUGGUUUAAGACGAGCGCGUGGAGUACGAGCAGCAGCGUCAUGAAAGUGUACUGCGAGGGCAUCAGUAUAUCGCUCAUCAACGAGACGGUCACCUCUGGAUCGAUGGCUGGGCCAACAAAGCAAUGUCAGGUCAACAUAGGAUGGUGA